AUGGCUAGCAGAACGCAAUUUGAGAACUCCAACGAGGUCGGCGUGUUUUCCAAGCUGACCAACUCGUACUGCCUGGUCACCGUCGGUGGCUCCGAGAACUUCUACUCGGCGUUCGAGGCCGAGCUGGGGGACGCGAUCCCCAUCGUGCACACCACGAUCGCGGGCACGCGUAUCAUCGGCCGGAUGACCGCGGGCAACCGCAGAGGCCUGCUGGUGCCCACACAGACCACGGACCAGGAGCUGCACCACCUCAGGAACAGUCUGCCCGACUCGGUCAAGAUCCAGCGUGUGGAGGAGCGUCUCUCGGCGCUGGGCAACGUGAUCUGCUGCAACGACUACGUGGCGCUCGUGCACCCUGACAUCGACCGCGAGACCGAGGAGCUGAUCGCGGACGUGCUGGGCGUCGAGGUGUUCCGCCAGACCAUCUCCGGCAACGUGCUGGUGGGCUCGUACUGUGCGCUGAGCAACCAGGGUGGCCUGGUGCACCCGCAGACCUCCAUCCAGGAUCAGGAAGAGCUGUCGUCGCUGCUGCAGGUGCCGCUGGUCGCGGGCACUGUCAACCGCGGUUCGUCCGUCGUGGGCGCGGGCAUGGUCGUCAACGACUACCUCGCGGUCACGGGACUCGACACCACGGCGCCCGAGCUCAGCGUCAUCGAGAGCAUCUUCCGCCUGCAGGACGCCCAGCCCGACUCCAUCUCGGGCAACCUGCGCGACACGCUGAUCGAGACCUACUCGUAG